AUGGUUUCCCAGUUCGCUAUUGAAGUACGCAACCUAACGUACAAGUUUAAAGAGAGCUCUUGUCCGGCAGUAAUUGACAUCAAUCUAGAAAUCCCAUGGAAUACAAGAUCUUUAGUUGUAGGUGCCAAUGGUGCCGGUAAAUCUACCCUUUUGAAAUUACUGAGUGGUAAGCACCUUUGUCUAGAUGGGAAAAUUAUGGUUAAUGGUCUUGACCCGUUUAGUCCCUUGUCUAUGAAUCAAGUGGAUGAUGACGAGAGUGUUGAAGAUUCUACGAACUACCAAACAACCACUUAUCUAGGUACGGAAUGGUGCCACAUGAGUAUCAUUAACAGGGAUAUCGGCGUUUUAGAACUAUUAGAAAGUAUCGGGUUCGAUCAUUUUAGAGAAAGAGGAGAAAGAUUAGUUAGGAUUCUAGAUAUCGAUGUGCGUUGGAGAAUGCACAGAUUAAGUGACGGGCAGAAGAGAAGAGUGCAAUUAGCCAUGGGGCUUUUGAAACCAUGGAGGGUUUUACUACUUGAUGAGGUCACGGUGGACCUCGAUGUUAUCGCGAGAGCAAGACUUCUAGAGUUUUUAAAGUGGGAGACCGAAACCAGAAGAUGUUCAGUGGUUUACGCUACACAUAUUUUUGACGGGUUAGCCAAAUGGCCCAACCAGGUAUACCAUAUGAAAUCAGGUAUGAUCAUAAAUAAGCUGGAUUAUUCAAAAGACGUGGAGUUUUCCGAAAUUGUCAACGCCAAAGUUAAUGGUCAAGUUGCUUUUGAUGACGAUAGCAAUAAGGUCGUUAUUAGUAAAGUGAACAGCUUACAUCCAUUGGCACUAGAAUGGUUGAAACGUGAUAACCAAAUUCCUGAUAAAGAGAUAGGUAUAUAG